AUGCAUAAACUAGAUCAGCUCAAUAUUUUUUGCCUCAUUUCUAGCGAACCAACAGAACUUGAUUGGCUUGGACCUCCCACAGAUCUUCGUCUAAUCGAAAAAUCUGACACAAUGCUUCACGUUACAUGGACACCUCCAGAUAUAUUUGAGCCAGAAUAUCGGGAUCUGUUAACACAUUAUCGUGUCACUAUUGCUCCUGUCGAUGAAUAUACAAUGAAAAUGGGGCCUAGAAAGAAUUACACUGUUAUGGUGCCAGGAAAUUCCAUCAAGUUUACGGAGCUACAGCCUGAAACUAUUUACAAUAUAACAGUGCAAGGUGGCACAGAUGUAGGAUAUGGACAAAUGAUUUGGGGGGCGUGGGCAACGUUGCCUACUGGGAAGACAUGGAUAUUACGAUUGAAGGACAGAACACCGAACACUUUGACUGUUGAAUGGGAACCUAUUUGGGGAUUCUCCCAUCGUGGGUAUAUUUUGACAGCUAAAUCCCUCCAUUCUAUCUACCCCCAUGUCCGUGUGGGUGGAGUCAAGUCCUUCGACGUCAGUCCAACAGCAACAGAAUUUACAAUUACCGGAUUGGAACCUGCAUCUACUUACAAUGUCACUCUUACUCUUAAAGAUCAAAUGGAUGGAGCUUGGGGGGUUUACUCAACAUUGCCUCCGGGAUGGUACUUGCCGAGAAAUUUGAAGCAUUGUGACCAGACUCCUUUUGCUACCUCUUGGGAGCCUGUAGAAGCUAACAUGGCGUCAGAAUAUCAAGUUCGCUAUAUUCACCUACACUCUUCCCGCACUCUAUGGAAGGAAGAGGAGGCCAAAUUCAGCAAAUAUUUGCUUUGUCCAAAAGACCCCUGUGGACGUCAUUGCUAUUUGGUCUUUAACUUGGAUCACAAUCCGGACGAUUAUGCCUUUAUGGUCCGGGCAAAAGUGGACGGGAUUUGGAAUAACUGGAAAUUGGCUGGACGUCCAACAAUCGCUGACCAACCAGAUGUCAAAGAACGUUGUUGUAUCGUUCCUCCACCUUACAAAGUUGAAAGUAUUGGGCACGACGGAACUCAUUGGGAUGUCCCUAUAGCCCCCUCACCUACCGACCACAAUAUUACUCGUUAUUAUGUUGUUGUGGAUGAAAGAGACCCUCCUGGAGAUACAAACUGGACAAUGUUGACAGACAAAGUAACGGCACAUCGUCUACAUAUUCCUUAUUAUGUAACGGCUUCUUACUCUACACAAACUUUGGAAUCCCAUACAAAUGUGAGGAUUGGGAAUGGAUCGGUUAUUGGUGGAUAUUUGAACUAUCCGUUACAAAAAGGGAAGACAUACCAUUAUGAGAUAUAUACAAAAUGGAUGAUGCAUGGUGAUCAGCCUGUCAUUGCACGACAAAGACCAGAAGCAUUCCUAGCAGCUGGUUGGCCGUGGUGGUGGUUGUUACUUUUAUUAUUGUUGUUGCUUCUUUUGUGUCUCUUGCUCUCAGUUUUGCUAUUUUGGCUGUUGAAAAAAUGUGGUAAAAAACACUAUAGAAAUGGCCAACACGAACCUCUUAUCAAAGAAAAAUAUGAGAGAUAUGAACAUACUAGAGGCAACUUUGAAGAUGGGUAUUCACAAGGAUAUCGUGCUGGGAGAGGUGGAAGGCGUGUUGAGGAAGAUUGGAGGGGAAGGGAUGAGGCGUUUAGAGGUUAUGCAAAAGGCCUUCGUGAUACAGGUGAUAGAGGUAUGAGCACCUCAAUGGCCAAUUUAGCACAGCGUCCAACUCAACGGCUGGGUUACUCUUCGGGUUAUAUGCAAGGCUUUAGAGAUGGAUCUUCAGGCGUCUUCGGUGACAGAAUAACCGAAAGUCUGUUAAAACGAUUGGAAGAGCAAUACCCAGAUAAUGAGGAAUUCCGUACCGGAUAUAUUGACGGAUUUAAAGAUGGGGUUGGGGGAGGUCGUUUUGAAGAUUCUCGAAGAAUACAGCAAAGUUUGACUGAAUUAACAGAACGGUUAACUACAAUAGAAAAAACUGUGGAAAAAGGGGAUGAAAUACAUUCUACAAAAAUAUAUCAUGUUUACAAUCAAUCACCUGAAAUGCUGGCACAAGGACAACAAUUAGUUAGCGAGUUGGAAGAGUUGGCUUCCGGCUCUAAACGAAGUACUUUACGUCGUCAUUACACACCUGGCGAUUAUUUGCGUUAUGAUGAGGCUAGUGGGGAAUAUAACAGCCUCGGGAGAAGUAGGCGUUCAAUGAGUGCUACAGCACUUGGACGGGGUGGUGGAGAUGCUUAUGCCGUUCUAUACGACCGUGAACGUCACCAUUCUGGCUCCAUUGAAGGCCAGGACAUUUCCGCAACUGCAGGACGUUCAGCAACAACAACAAACGCUGCUCGUUACGGCCAAUAUAGAAGCCGUUCUGAAUUGGCAGGGAUGGGAGGGACAUCUCCUCCGAGACGCUAUGCCUCCCAAACUUUGUUAGACGGAGCGAGACCUGGUCCAACAACAGGUCCAACAGCUGCCACAACAGCACAUUCAAGAAGAGACGCUCUGUACGAAUUACAAAGAGAAUUGGACUCGUUAGCAAGUAGAUCCCCUGCAAGUGGAGGGGAGUUUGUUGGGACUGCAAGACAACAACAAAUAUUGCCUGGAAGGUGGGAUACAGCUGUGAGUAGUGGAAGCAGUAUUUUUGCUUCUGCUGCUGCACAACAACAGCAACAACAACAACGAAAUUACGAGUUUGAACAACAACAAACUUCAGCAAUCACAACAACCCACCAAUGGCCAGAAGAUUUAAUUGAAAUUGUCCACGAACCAAUGGGUCAAACUUUGGACAGAAUGCGGCGUUUCAGUACUUCUCUAUCCAACGUAGAAAGGACAGAAGGAGCAGCAGCUGAAACAGAAAAAGUAGAUCAUCAAGAAAAAUAUAAACGAACAUAUAGAGAGGAAUACUCGUAA